AUUUAACAACCAAUGGAACAAGAAAAUAAAGACUGGAUCAAACUAUCCGAAGUGUUAGUUUCCAAGCCGGACGACUUUGAAACCUGGCAAAAACUUGUGGAGGCAGCUGAAGCUGGACUGACCCACGAUGGCAUCUCUAAAUCGAGUACAUCCACAGAAUUGAAUAUAUUAAGAAUCACCUAUGAAAACUUGCUUGAUAAAUGGCCCCUUCUUCAUCAAUAUUGGCUCAACUAUGCAGAAUGGGAGUUUAAGCUUGGCCACACGGAAAAUUGUCGCCAGGUGUAUCAAAGAGCAUUGGUACAAUUACCACGAUCCAUAGAAUGUUGGUUGGCUUAUACAAAGUUUAUAAUUCUUACACUGUGUGAUGAAUCUGAAACAUUGAAAGUUUUGGAAUCUGCACGUUAUCAUAUUGGUAAUCACUUUUAUUCACAUGAGUUUUAUGAUGAAUAUUUGACAUAUCUUGAGUCUCGUAGUAAGUAUGAUGAAAAUAUGCGCAAGAGAUUCUAUAUCCUUCUUAGAAUCAUUAUAGAGUUGCCCUUGUACCAUUAUGGUAAAUAUUUCAAAACAUUUAUACAACUUGUUGAUAAAUUAGAUCAUCAAACGGCAAAAUAUCUUAUACCUGAUCGGGAAAUGUCUCGUUAUAAUCUUAAAGAUCUUAAGCAAACAUCAUCCAAAUUAAAGAAAUUGUUUACUGAUGUUUAUAUAUCUACUCAAUUUAAAGUAUAUGGUUUAUACACCUACGAAAAAAGAAUCACUCGGUCAUAUUUCCAUGUGAAUUAUUUAUCAAAAGACCAAUUGAAUGUAUGGCAAGAGUACUUGGAUUUUGUGGAAUUGAAAUACCCAGAACUAGUUGAAUUAACAUAUGAACGUUGUAUAGUUUCCACGGCGUUAUACAAGGAUUUCUGGAUAAGAUAUUCAGAUUACUACAUAAGGAAAUCUCAGAGUAUCGAAUCUGCUAAGCAAAUCCUAUUGAAAGCCAUCUCAAUAACUCCAAUGACAAACAUUGAACUUAAAUUGAAGUUGAUUGACUUGGAAACUUUCCAGGGGAAUCACGUCAAGGCAAGAGACAUUGUGUUGAUGAAUUUGCGUCUUUUCCCCGAAUGUUUACCAUUGAUAGUCAAAUUGCUCAACUUGGAAAGAAUGCUACACCCAAACGACGACGAAUACGUCUUGGGACUCUUUGAAACCCUUAUUUCUGAAACUAAAUUGGUUUACCUAUACAAAGAAUUGGUAAACUAUAAAUUUGAAGACCAUGCAAUGUCGAAAUUCUUCCGAAAAUUUGAAAAUAAUGAAGAUUCAUGGAUAUUUUGGACUUCGUAUCUUGAAUGCAUGAUAUCCAGUAAUGGGAAUAAAGAAGUCACACAGUUGAAGAAAAUAUAUGAACAAGGCUUAACGAAGAUAUCCUCCUCUACAGAUCGAGAAAAAUUUAGUACCAGUUGGGGCUCUCUAUUGCAAAUAUCGCCUUGAACCUGAACAAAAUCCGUGUGGUAUUCUGGUUGAAAUGCUAAACUGUGCAUUCUGCCCCCUAACUCUGCAAGGAUUAUAAAAUAAUAUCUAUGGUGUGACUCUAUGUACCCUAAUAUUUGCGAAAGCAACUCCCACACGCGGUGCGCAAAUGUGUUAAAAUCGCUUAAUAAUUAAUUAUGCACAAAGCAUCCCAACAAAAGCGGCAAUCGGGCGAGAUGCCGAGUUCGAAGUGUAACCAUGAGCAAAGAUGUCUGGAAUUAAUCAUCGGGGAAAUGUAUGUGUGUUGAAGUGGAAUGGCAUGUAAUGAUGUCUUGAUACAUUCUCUUCCCAAGGUGAUCCUACUAUUUUUUCACCAGUGAUGCACAAAGAGGACUUAGGAGAACGUUGGAUAGAAUUAGACGAAGAAGACGAGGAGAGGUUCUGCAUCUAUAUAGUCGGGACACUUCGCGACGUGUUACGAAUCCAAUUUCCCUUUAAUACACGCCACUACUACUACUACUACGUCAUAACUGUAAAAGAGAAAACCUUGAAUAAUAUUAUUUAUAGAUCGAGUAUGUAAUGUACAUUAUGUAUUGAAAAAGUGUGUUUGUGUGUGAGUGUAGAAAGUAUCGGUUUAA